AUGGCUGUACUGUGGGUGACCGUUGUUAGUAGUGCGUUACUUUCAGCAGUAUGGGGUUUUGGUUUACAAGCAAGUACCAGCGAUAAUUUCGGUAUCUACGGCGGGCAUGAAAUCAGUAUCGAAGAAGCCCCCUACAUGGUGGGAAUAUACGGCAGUACGUUCCUGUAUUGGAGGUUCCGAUUCAAGUGUGGAGGUUCUAUCAUUCACGAAAAAUUCGUUGUGACUGCUGCGCAUUGCGCCGUGGAUUUCUACUCUAUCCAAGUCGCAGUUGGAUCCAACCAUUUAGACCAGGGUGACUUCAUGGCCGUAGAUGUGAGGAUCACUCGCAACUACGACCACUCGAUAAUGUUCAACGACAUCUGUCUGCUGAAACUGGUCAACUCUAUACAAUUUGGGCCUAGGAUGGCUCCAGUGCAGCUGCCUGAGGAUGGAUUUGAGCUGGAUACAUUUACUAUGGUCAAUGUGACCGGGUGGGGAAAAACUGAAACCGAGACUCCAUCAGCGACAACCCUCCGCCAAGUAUCAGUACAGAUCUUGCCAGAACAGUACUGUCCCAUAGACACCGUGAUUUGCGCCGGCUCGCAAGGCCAUGGAACUUGCAAUGGUGAUAGCGGAGGUCCCUUAGUCUACAACAACGUGCUAGUCGGUUUGGUGUCGUACCGUCGACAGGACAAGUGCGCUGGACCAUUUGGCACGGUCUACAUGAGAGUGGCCAGCUAUUCAAAGUGGAUCAAAAGUCAUUUGACUUAAGAUUGCAUCUUUAAAUUGGCAAUAAAGCAUGAAG